GAGAGCUGAAAACAAGUAACAAAGCAAAACGACCAAGCGACUCGUGUGACACGACGACAGUCGAACGCCAAGUUGGCGCCGUAAACGAGAGAGCGAUUGGAACAAUCGCCACGUGCUAAAGCAAUCGGCAGUUCGGGGCAAACUCGUUGCGAGAGCGGUUGUCCAACAGUUUGCAUUUCCCCUUUGAGUUUGAGUUUCUUGCCUCUUGCGAGCCAUGACAAGCAAUCGGGUAACAUCUGGGCGCCCGUUUCGUUUUACCGCAGAGCGCCAUAUGAAGUUCGUCGAGCUUUAUAGUCGCGAACCAUGCUUGUGGGAUAAUAGGCCCCCAUUGCAAACUGCAACGAAUGCUGCGCACAGGCGCCUUCAAAUUGGUAUCAACAGGGAGGCUGCUCGCAAUGAGCGCCCUAUGACUUUGCUAGGUGUGAAGACUAAGAUACAAAAUUUGCGAGCUGUGUAUCGUCAGGAGUUAAGGAAAAUCAAUGCAAACCCUUUGUAUACUUCCAAGAUUUCCUGGUUUGCGCCAAUGCAUGAGUUUUUGGGUCGAAAUCUGGAUGCGUCGGGAAAGAACACCAAUGUGGUUUUACCAAAAUCUGUAAAACGUUUGCGGAUCAAAUUGCCCCGCAUAAAGCCUGUUAAAACCGAAGAAGAAUUCGAGCAGAAAUUGGAGUUGAAGCAAAGUCCCCAGGUGCCUACAACAGAAAGUGCUCGUUCACUGCCUUCUGCAGAGUCUUCUGAUCCUCGUUCAACUACGAAAACGGCCUCGCCACAACCUCCCACUGGAACUCCACAAACAUUGCGAGUACCUAGUUUUCCGGAAAACAUAUCAAGUCUGCAAUCCUUGGGAUUCAAUGAGUUUACGUUUUUUGGACUUAAUGUUGGCGCACAACUUAGCAACAUGCCCCUUUCGAAUGCAAUGAUCAUGCAAUCAAAGAUUCAACACAUGCUGUCAGUGGAACGUCGUAAGAUCGAAGGAAAUUCCAGCGAUGUAGAUAUGCACUCGUAAUUCGAAUCUUACAAUUUUCAACUUAAAAUAAUAACGUAUAAAUAAGAUCUAUUCAAAAUUAGAUUUGAAUUGUUCUCGAACAUGUAUUUU